CUUCGCCGGAGGAGGUCAGAGCAGCUCCGCAGACUUUUUGGUGGGUGGACGGAGUAUGACAGCGGUGCCGGUGGCUCUGUCCCUGACAGCCAGCUUUAUGUCAGCCAUCACCGUUCUGGGGACCCCGGUGGAGGUGUAUCAGUAUGGAGCCAUUUUCAUCCUCAUCUGCUUUUCUUAUGUUCUCAUGGUGGCUGUGAGCUCUGAGAUUUUCCUGCCCAUCUUCUACAGACUGGGAAUAACCAGCACCUAUGAGUAUCUAGAGAUGCGUUACAAUAAAGUAAUUCGACUAUUUGGGACAGUCCUGUUUAUCAUACAGACAGUGUUAUACACAGGUCUGGUUAUUUAUGCUCCAGCUUUGGCUUUAAACCAAGUCACAGGUGUAGAUCUCUGGGGUGCCGUCAUAUCGACUGGAGUGGUUUGCACUCUAUACUGCACAUUAGGCGGUCUGAAGGCAGUGGUGUGGACGGAUGUGUUCCAGGUGGGCAUCAUGUUGGCCGGGCUCUUGGCUGUCAUUAUCCAAUCAGUGCUGCUGCAGGGCGGAUUCAACACUAUCAUCAGUGACUCCGCCCAGGGCGGGCGGCUCAACCUAUGGGACUUCGAUCCAAACCCUCUGAGGAGACACACUUUCUGGAGCAUCACAGUGGGAGGGACGUUCCUCUGGACCAGCGUCUAUGGUAUCAAUCAAGCUCAGGUGCAAAGAUACAUAUCAUGCAAGUCCCUCUUCCAUGCCAAAAUGGCUUUAUACAUUAACUUAGUGUCUCUCUGGGCAGUAGCAAUAUGCUCAGUAUUUAGUGGCUUAUGUCUAUAUUCUGUUUAUAAGAGCUGUGAUCCAUGGACAGCAAGGAAAGUGUCUGCUCUGGAUCAGCUUAUGCCAUACCUAGUGUUGGACAUCCUGAGAGAAUAUCCUGGUGUGCCAGGACUAUUUGUGGCAGCAGCAUACAGUGGCACAUUAAGUACAGUCUCCUCCAGUGUAAAUGCUUUGGCUGCAGUAACUAUUGCAGAUGUGAUACGUCCAUACCUCAAUCUGUCAGAGAAGCAGCUGUCCUGGGCUUCAAAGGGCUUGAGUUUGUUUUAUGGUGCCGUGUGCAUCGGAAUGGCUGGUGUUGCAUCUUUAAUGGGAGGGAUGCUACAGGCCGCUAUUAGUAUCGUAGGAGUGGUUGGCGGACCUCUACUGGGCCUUUUUUCUCUUGGCAUCCUGUUUCCUUGUGCUAACGCAAAGGGAGGUUUGGCAGGGCUGCUGUCUGGUUUGGCGCUGUCAUUGUGGGUGUGUAUUGGGGCACAGAUUUACCCUCCACAACCCGAAAACAGCAGACCAUUGCCUCUGGAGACACAUGGCUGUAACAUCUCAGGCAGCUCUAACUGGACUGCAAACACUGAAGAAAAUCUAGAAAGGCCUUUCCUGGCUGAUAACUGGUACUCGCUCUCAUACCUGUACUUUGGCCCAUUGGGGACUGUGACGGUCAUCACCGUGGGUCUUAUUGUCAGCAUACUUUCAGGUAUGAGACUUUCUGAUAUGUGAAGCACCCUGCUGACUUCGUUCAAAGUAUCUGAUGUUUUCUAAAUUUG